AGCGGUGCCGGGAUGAGUGUACAUUGCGGAAAUUGAAUGUAGGACCUUGUUUCGGUGUCUGGGACAUCGCACAACCUCAGCUGUUACGAACAUCGUCGAGAUCUUUGGACGAACGAUUGCUGAUGGCUGCUGUCGUAUAACAGUCAUACAGAGAAGCGACAUUCGCGCUGGGAAUGGCGAGCCGAUCGACCGCACGAAGAAUGGAGCUGUCACAGCCACCGCGACUCCCCACCCACACCACACCCACUCGUACCAGCACGAUGGAUGCAAUCCCACCCUCCGAAUACGAUUGCGUGAAAGAGCAUGAAUGGAUCAUCCGGCGUGCAUACAGUCCAGGCCACACCAGCCAUCGUUCUGGUAGGAGUCGUAAUUUUGCAGCGCAUGUGCCAUUGGAGGAUGCGGCAUACGUGGAGAGCACAAGAGCCAUGAAAACGGGUCUCGGUACAAAAUCUCUUCGAGCAGACCUGUGCUGCGUUGUGAUCGAGCCAAACAUGUGCUUGUGGCAGUACAGAUGCACUGAUCUCUGCCUGCUACCUUCCUCAUCAAGCACUUGCUCCGCCUAUCAUGGUGUGAAGAGAAGAAUGGGCCAAGACUAUACACAAGUCGGUGAUGCUUUCGUGCGUGGCGGGUAUAAGGCCUGCACGAACUCCUGAUAUUCGAAGUUGCGCCAGUCUUCCUUCAUUCUCACAUUCUUUA